AUGGAACCAAAAUUGACGGAUUGGUCGGCCCUCCAUUUAGAUCUGUUGGUGGAGAUAGCCAAAGGUAUAUCCAUUGUGGAAGAUUUCAUGGCGUUUAGAGGCGUGUGUAUUUCAUGGAGAUCGGCCGCCACCAAGGAUAAAUUCGUCCCUCGUUGGCCUAGAGCACCAUUGCUUAUGUUGGCAGACAAACCAGAGCGGAACUUGAAUUGCGUGGAACGCGAAUUUUACAGUCUGUCGAAAGGAAAGAUUUGUAUGAGAUUCACCCUUCCAGAGGCAAAAGGUAAACGAUGUAUGGAAGUUGGAUUCGGAUGGUUGUUAACCGUUAAGGAUACUUCCGGCGAGAUCAAUUUGUUAAAUCCUUUUUCUCACCAACAGAUUCACCUCCCCGGUCUGCAAACCAUCCCCGAGUAUAAAAUUUACACUUGGGUGGACCCGUUUUACUAUUUCAUAACAUUAGCCACCUUGUCACAUAAUCCCUCCAAGACCUCAAAUUUUACGCUGUUGGCUACUCAAUGUGGUGGUAAGUUUCUUGGGUUGUGGAGGCCUGGAGAUGCAGCCUGGACGAGGAUACAAACAUAUGAUGAUACCCUAUUCGAACAUGUGAAUUACUAUAAAGGAAAGUUUUUCGCGAUUUCUUACCGUGGAGAAUUUUGGGUUUUGGAUGAUGAUAGUCCAACAGCUCGUAUUCUCUUCUCCAUGGAUCGUCGUUUGUUAUCCUCCUAUAGACAGCUAUAUUUGGUGGAAUCGUCAUUUGGGAAGUUACUGUUGAUUUUGCGAGUAGAGAAUGCUAUCCCUAACGCUCCCCUGAAUGACAUAAUUGGUAAGUACUAUUGCACUACGGCUUUCAAAGUUUAUCGAGUUGACACAACAAUACCCGAUUACGAGGAGAUUUCGUCUUUGGAAGGGGAUGCCAUAUUUGUUGGGUUUAAUGAUGCAAUUUCUAUUUCAAGAGUGGAGGCGGAAACAAAUGGAAUUAAAAAUAAUUGUAUAUAUUUUACUGAUGAUCAUUGGGCAGCAUUCUCGGCUCUAGGAGGGGGUGGAAAGGAUACUGGGAUUUAUAAUGUUGAAGAUAGAAGUGUUGAACACAUCCACAAUGACCUUAGUUUAAUUUGCCCGUCCAUGUGGAUUCCUCUUGGCAAUUAA